GUCGGGAGCAACUCCUCUGAUUCAACAGAUUACAUGGUGCACUUCAAGCAGUCGGCGCAGUAGCCGAGCCUUCUAAAUUUAGCCGCAGCUGCCACCAUGGGCGCAGCCUGCUUCCGAGGAGGCAGUAGUACCCGCAGCCUUCUCUUCGUCGGCCUCGACGGCGCUGGCAAGUCGUGUCUCCUCUCAUGGCUCGAGCCGACGAGCAGCACCACGAUUGUCAUCGCGCCCACCAUCGGCGCCCGGCGGUGCCAGUUUGCGCGGGCCCGCAUCCGCUUUCAUGCCUGGGACCUCUCUGGGCACGGACGCUACCGUAGCCUGUGGCCCUACUAUGCUGGCCACGUCCACGCGAUUGUGUUUGUCGUCGACGCCACCGACAAGGAGCGGCUGCCGGUCGUCCGACGCGAGCUAUGGGCGCUCUUGAAUCACAAAGACCAUGCGACACCGCUGCUCGUCUUCCUCAACAAGUCGGAAGACCCGAACGCAGUCUCGACCAAAGAGGUGGAGCGGCGCCUCCACUUGCACCAGCUCAAGUGCUGCUGGCGUGUGGAGGCGUGCAGCGCCGUCACGGGUGCGGGUGUCGCGGCCGGCGUCGACUGGCUCGCGACCACGCUCCUCGACGCCGAAGCCGACAACUGCGCCCAUGAAUACUAG